GACAGUCAGAAAGCAGCCCUCUGCAGGUGGCUCCACUACCACUACCACAGAGAGCCAAGUUCUUCCACUGGAGAGGUAUCUCUAGAAUGCAGCACUCCCGCUGCACCAGGGCAGGCUCUGCAUCACGCCAUCUUCCUCCAGAAACAGAGGCUGGAAGACCUGCCAGCAUCUGGGACAUCCCUGUCCUUCUGGUGGGAAGAAACCCCAGCAAAUUGUCCAUCCAAGGAUGGCUGCUCUACGAGGUCACCACUGGGUCUCCCCGCUUCUGUUGCUUUCCUAAUCCUGGUCUCACAGGAUUCAUUUGCAAGCCAGCAUUAUGGCCUCCUUCUCAGCUCCUCACUCCCAUUCUAAGAAACCUCUGGGCAAGAUGGCUGACUGGUUCAGGCAAGCACUGGUAAAGAAGCCCAAGGAGAGGCCUGUUUCCUCCAAAAGCCACCCCAGUGACAACUCAGAGCUGGCCUCAGAGGACAUCCUCCCAUCUUCAAGCCCUGGUCCAGAUGUGUCUGCAGUCUCAUCACCAACACCUGUGGACACCAGCAGCAGUGGCCGCUGGAGCAAAGACUACGAUGUAUGCGUGUGCCACAGUGAGGAGGACCUGGCAGUGGCCCAGGAGCUGGUCUCCUACCUGGAAGGCAGCACUGCCAGCCUGCGCUGCUUCCUGCAGCUUCGAGAUGCAACUCCAGGUGGCGCCAUCGUGUCGGAGCUGUGCCAGGCUCUGAGCAAUAGUCACUGCCAGGUGCUGCUUAUUACCGCAGGCUUCCUUCACGACCCGUGGUGCAAGUACCAGAUGCUGCAGGCCCUGACUGAAGCCCCUGGGGCUGAGGGCCGCACCAUCCCCUUGCUGUCAGGCCUGACCAGAGCUGCCUAUCCACCUGAACUGCGAUUCAUGUACUGUGUGGAUGGCAGAGGCCCGGAUGGUGGUUUUGGCCAAGUCAAGGAUGCUGUCAUGCGCUAUCUGCAGACACUCAGUUGACUGUCAUGUCACCAUGGGAUGCAGAAAGCUGGAGUCAUGUUGGAAACAGCCCAUAUUGGGCCUCAGGUUCCAGCAGGUCUGGUAGGAGACAUGUCAGCAGCCAGAGUCCACUGACAGCCCAAUCAGGGCUUUCCAUUACUAUGGCCUCCCUUGGGAAGCCACAAAAACUGAGGGUUUUCCCCCAAAGAAGGCCAAGAAGAAGCUGGGUUCUCCCCCAGGAAGUUUAUGAAGUGCUGGGGACUCCCCCAGAAGGCCACGAGGAAGUCAGAUGAUGGGGUUGGCUGGAGAAUAUGCUGAUACCAGGAGGGUCAACAUUAUCUUGUCUGUUGCUGAAUUGGACAGAAAGCUGGCACACACAAACCUGCCUUCUUCCCCAUCAAUGUUGACAGACAUCUUUCCAGAGGAGUAAGCUUAACUGAUGAGCUGAAGCCGAGGCUGCAGGCCUCAGCAUGGAUCUUCUUACCAGUUGCCCUCAACGCAGAUGUCAGGAGAAAGCUACAAGAACACCUGUAAUCCUAGCUACUCAGGAGGCUGAGAUCUGAGGAUUGAGGUUCAAAGCCACCCCAGGCAGGA